AUGGCGCAGCGGAGCUCGCCCCUGGGUUGCCCGUGCUGGCGGGGAGCUCCGCCCCUGGACUGGCCGCGCCUCCGGGGAGGGCGUGCCCCCUGGGAUGGCUGCGCUGCCGGGGAGUGCCGCCCUUCGGCUGGCCGCGCCGCCGGGGAGCACUGCCCCUGGGAUGGCCGCGCCGCCGGGGAGCACUGCCCUUGGGCUGGCCGCACCGCCGGGAGCUCCGCCCCUGGGCUGGCCACUCCUCUAGGGAACGCGCUAAGUAUGCCCUUCUGGCACCAGUGCACCGGCGGCGGCCGACCAGUCCCACUCCCACCACCAGUGAACCGGCGGCAGCCGCCUCUUCUCCGGCUCCGAAGCAGCUCCGCGAGAUCUUUCGGCGCUUCGACAUGGACGACGACGAUAGCCUGA